AUGUCCAUGUUCAUGACACAACCCGCCUGCGGCUACACGGCAGCUCCUCCUACUCCUCCAAAACAGUACCCGCGUACCAGCAGCACCUUCAGCGCCUCUGCCAAUCCCGAUGAGGACUGGACCAAGAUUUCUGACCUUGCCGAGCGUCGACGGGUACAGAACCGCAUUGCUCAGCGCAACUACCGCAAGAAGCUCAAGCUACGUCUCGAGGACCUCGAACGCCGUGCUGGCUCUUCUGAUGAUGUCGAGUCCGAUAAGCAGCUCCAGAAGACCACCAAGUCGAAGCGAUCUCCCUCCUCCUCCAAGUCCCGAAAGUCGCAGCCCACGACCCCCGCCAAGUCUUUCACCUCUCACGGCCAGUUCACUCCUCCCAUGGAGCCGACGGACGCGUUCUUGACCCCUGGCACCUACGGUGACCGGGCCUGCUCCGGCAGCCCUUCCAAGUUCAUUUGGUCGACUUACCCGACUCCCUACGGCUCCGCUCAGCCCUACCCGAUAAUGACCACCGCUGACGCCUACCCCAACUACCUGGCGGCUUCCACCGUCCCCAUGACGCUUCCAUCAAUGACGCAUUUCAGCGACGCAAUCAAGUGGGAGUCGUACCCGGCCGGUGACGGACUGACUCCUUACAUGACUUAUGGCGACAUGCCUCCAAUGGAUUUCAACGUUCCCAGCCCCUAUGACAAGCCCAACCCUCGCAGCCCCACCUCUUUCGACUACUCGGCCCACUGCUUAGAGGCCGGUUACGAGUAUACUAUCACGCCUCUGCCAACGCCCAACUCAUCUGACCCGAUUCAGCCCUAA